AUGUCUACCACCGCAACAAUGACCGCUACUACAUCAACAACCACUACCAAAUCACAAGAGAUCGAGAUACCAAGAGGAUCCGUAACCUCGACUCUAAUCUUCUACGCUCCACCGCCAGAUAACUCUUCACCCUGGAACUACGUAGAACAACCUCCUCCAGGCUUCCCCCAAAGAAACUAUACCGAACACCCUUCCACAGUUUCCAUCUCCGACAUACGCGGCCAAGAAUCUGCCUUUCAACUCGACACCCAAGGCUUCACCACCGCCUCCAACAUCCCUUCUACAUGCUCCGAUUUUUCCUCCUCCUCUCAAAUCGAAAAACUCUACUACCCAGAAGUGGAAGCCUUGAUUUUGGACAAGGUACCCGGAGCAAAACGCGUAUUCCUCUUCGACCACACGAUCAGAAAAGCAGAUGCAAACGCAACCAGACAACCAGUCCACCGAGCCCACGUCGACCAAACCGAAAAAGCCGCCUUGCAACGUGUGCAACACCAUCUACCCGAUGAAGCUUCUACUCUACUCAAAGACCUGUUAUGA